ACCCAAGGAAAGAGCUGUUUCCUGUCCAGAACCUUCCAGCCAGACACGAUGGUAACAAUGGUACCUGUACUGCUGUCUCUGCCGCUCCUUCUGGGUCAUGCAGUCCCCCAGGAGACCCAAGCUGGUCCUUAUUCUCUGACCUUUCUCUACACUGGGGUGUCCAGGCCUAGUAAAGGCCUCCCAAGGUUUCAGGCCACUGCCUUCCUCAAUGACCAGGCCUUCUUCCACUACGAUAGUGAGGGCAGGAAAGCAGAGCCCCUGGGACCAUGGAGCCAAGUAGAAGGAAUGGAGGACUGGGAGAAGGAGAGCCAACUUCAGAAGGCCCGGGAGGAAAUCUUCCUAGUGACCCUGAAAGACAUCAUGGACUACCACAAGGACAGCAGAGGGUCUCACACCUUUCAGGGAAUGUUCGGCUGUGAGAUCCAGAAUAAUAGAAGCAAUGGGGCGUUCUGGAGGUAUGCCUAUGAUGGACAGGACUUCAUUGAAUUCAACAAAGAAAUCCCAGCCUGGGUCCCCUUGGACCCAGCAGCCCUGAACACCAAGAAGAAGUGGGAAGCAGAAAAGGUCUACGUGCAGCGGGCCAAGGCAUACCUGGAACAGGAGUGCCCUGAGAUACUGCAGAGGUACCUGAACCACAGCAGGACUCACCUGGACCAACAAGAUCCUCCCUCUGUGUCAGUCACCAGCCAUGUGGCCCCGGGAAGAAACAGAACACUCAAAUGCCUGGCUUAUGACUUCUACCCACAAAGAAUCGGUUUGCGCUGGACUCGGGCCGGCAAGGUGCAGGAAACUAAAGCAGGGGGAGAGAUUCUUCCCAGUGGAAAUGGUACUUACCAGUCCUGGGUGGUGGUGGGAGUCCCCCCUGAGGACAGAGCCCCUUACCUCUGCCUUGUGGAGCACAGUGGGCUGGCCCAGCCCCUCACAGUGCCAUGGAAUGGAAGGCAGAAAGCCAGGGCUGAAGGUAAAUUGGGGACUCCUCAGUAGUCACAUAAGUUCAAAAAAAAAAAAAGACAAAAAAAAAAAGAGAGAGAGUUGAACUUUAGAAAUCAUCAUCAAUGUCACCAACAAGGUCCCAGGAAAACAGUGCAAAAGACAGUGCAAAUCCAGAUAGUGGAUUUGGAGACAGGAGACUUGCCACUGAGCUCACUCUCACUGUUCACCUCCUAAACUCUCCAUGGUCCAGUCUUUAAAACCUCACCCACAAUACUCCCCUUGCCUGGCCCAGCAGAGAAACAUGUUUUCAAACUGUAAACUGGCUACAAAAAUGUGAGCUGACUGAAUCAUUCAUUCUGCCCCUUCCCCAAGCAUUUGAUUCAUCUGAAAUUCUUGGUACCCAACUGAAAUAAUGGUUCACCCUUGGGCAUAUGGACCUUGGGAUGUCUCCAGCAUGGCUUAGGCCACCCAGUCCUGUGGACCUUGUUCUAGCAUCCACUACUGACAUCCACAGAUGAGGCCAUGACCUCAUUGGCUGUCAAGCCUUGAAAUCUGUAAAACCCAACACUUCUGUACCUGUUUUCCUUGCUCCCUGUGAGACAUGGUCCUCCACUUCAGCAACAAAACCUUUCCCAUAUACAUUGGCCCUGAACCAGACGCAGCCAGAGCUUAUUUAAGAGGCUUCCCCUCUCCAGGCGCACUUCCAAGGAAGCAGGAAUCAGCCUUGAUGUUCUUGGACUCCCUCCAAGUCCAUCGGAGUGUGUUUUUUCAAUUGAGUCACCUCUGCCAUCCGCAGGAUUAAUGCCCAAGGGUAGAGCAGAACCCUCACAGCUGACCUUUCUACUAAGCCUUACCUACCAUGGUUGUGUUCUUCUUUCCUACAUGGAAAGAACUAACUCUCUUUAUAACAUGCCCUCAGCCUCCCACUCUGGAUUACUCCAAAUUCAGUCCUCCCAGCUAUAAAGUAGUCAGAAGCGGCCUUCCAAAUUCUGAGUCAAGAGGCUUCUCUUUCUUGAAAGUCUGAAUUCAAAGAUUACAUUUCCGGUUUUGUUUUUGUUUUUGUUUUAAUACUUUGGGUUCAAUUUGAAUAUCAAAAACUGAGAAAUUGGGCUGAGGAUAUAGCUCAGCUGGUAGAGUGCUUGCCUCCCAUGCACAGGCCCUGGGUUCGAUCCCCAGCAUGGCAAAAAAAAAAAAAAAAAAAAAAAACCCUGAGAAAUUAUUUUCUACAAGAAACCAGAGGAAAGAAAGAGCCCCAUUUGAACAGUAGAGAGUUGCAUGGAAGAAAAUCAAAAUAGAGAGAAAAAUACAGCCAUUGAUCCUUCAAAAUAUGAUAAGACUUUGUACAAAUAAAAAGUAAUAGGAUAAACAUUGUGAAACAAAGAGGAAACCAAAAUCAACAUAAGUAGGAUGGGCUAAGGAAGACUGGAAUGUAGGAUCUGAUCCAAUCUAUGACAGGAAGAGAUGAAGGGGUGGACAAGGAGAAGGAAGCCUCAAUAAACAAGUCUUGGUCAAGCAUCCAGGUGGAGGGGGAGAGGGACACAGAGACAUUCAGAAACUCAGGGAAAACUUCCUGGAGGGAGUCAGAUUUCAGAGGUAUCAAAAGAAUGCUCCUAAACAGUUGGAUGUGAGACUGCUGAGAGGGGAGGGUCACAGGGCCUGCCAAGGAAAAUGACCAGGGAGCAGUCCAUGGGCAUGGACUGGGCACACCAAGAGGAGAGAGGAGUCCUGGAAACCAAACAUGGGUCACUGUGUGCCCACUUGUCAUGAUGGGCAACGGGUGCGACUUAUGCAGUCCAGAGGGAGAAAUAAAGAAUUUCCACAUGCUUC